GCGCGUGUGUGUUUUAUUUACAUGCGCCGAUAACGUGCUCGCCUUUUGUCCAAUCUGUCCCGCUCGACUGCCGCUUCACGGUUCCGCGGGUUUGUUCUCGCUGCGCGCACUGGCCAUCCGGGAGAUCUACGGCUCCUGACUGGCGCCUUUGGGUUUUACUGCCACAGCAACCAAGUCAGCAGCAUCACCGUAUAGAAGGCGUCUGUCUACCUCCCCCGUCUCCACUGUCUCAGCUUUCCUGCGCGUCUUGGGAGCUUCGGUAGCUACGAUGCGCCGAUUCCCGUAGCAGCAUCCAUCCACGUCCACGUCCAGCGCAGGCACCGGUCCGGGAUAAUGUGCAUUUUUCGCAGCCGGUCCAUGCAGACGUGUCCGCUCGGAUGAUGCGUAAAAAGGAGCUCGGAGCGUCUAUGGAAAGCCCCCCUCGUCCGACACGGAGCCGCGAUAAUGUCCCCAGCCUCAGCAGCCACGGCCAGCGAGAGCAGCACCGUCACUGUCCCCGGAGAAGAACCGGAGAGCCCGCGGGAAGAGCAGCGACCGGUGAGGCAGUCCUUGUCCAAAUGUCUGUGUCAGGAGAGUCAGUGGAAGUGUCUGCUGCUGUCCCUGCUCAUGUACGCCUGUGUGGGGGCCAUGGCCUGGUGCCAGGUCACAACAGUCACACGUCUCUCUUUCGACAGCGCGUACAAAGGCAAGUCUAUGAUGUACCACGACAGCCCCUGCUCCAACGGAUACAUCUACAUCCCCCUGGCCUUCCUGCUCAUGCUCUAUGUGGUGUACCUGGUAGAGUGCUGGCACUGCCACACCCAGAACCAGCUGCAGUACAAGGUGGAUGUGGACAACGUGAGCGAGCGUAUCCAGAGGAUGCAGCAGGCCACCCCCUGCAUCUGGUGGAAGGCCAUCAGUUAUCACUAUGUACGCAGGACCAGGCAGGUGACCCGCUACCGCAACGGAGACGCCUACACCACCACACAGGUCUACCACGAGAGGGUCAACACCCAUGUGGCCGAGGCAGAGUUCGACUAUGGAAACUGUGGGGUCAAAGACAUUUCCAAGAGGUUGGUGGGCCUGGAGAGUUUUCCCAUCACACGACUGAGGUUCACAAAGUGCUUCAGCUUUGCCAAUGUGGAGUCGGAGAACUCGUACCUCACACAGAGGGCUCGCUUCUUCACUGAGAACGAGGGUCUGGAUGACUACAUGGAGGCGCGAGAGGGCAUGCACCUGAAGAAUGUGGACUUUAGAGAGUAUAUGAUGGCUUUUUCAGACCCCAGCCACCUCCCAUGGUAUGCCACUCACACUACCUUCUGGCUGGCAGCUGCCCUGACCCUGUCCUGGCCCCUCAGGGUGCUGAUGGAGUAUCGGACAGUCUGUGCACAUUACCACGUAGAGAAGCUCUUUGGCUUUGACUAUGUCCCCAGCUCUCCCACAGAGGAAAGGCCAUACUGCAGGCGCAUCCCGCGGGUCAACACCAUCGACAGCACGGAGCUGGAGUGGCACAUCCGUUCCAACCAGCAGCUGGUGCCCAGUUACUCGGAGGCUGUGCUCAUGGACCUGUCUCAGCGGUCAGAGGGUGGUUACAGCAGUUACAGACAGAGCUGUGAGCGGUGCCAGCGUGCCAUCAGCAGUUCCUCCAUCUUCUCUCGCAGUGCCCUGAGCAUCUGUACCACGCCUCGCUUGCCCUUCAGCUCCAGCCGCCUGUCUCUGGGCCGCCUGCACAGCCUGUGGAGGAGCAGCGGGAGUCUGAACCAGGCCUGUCCCACAGAGAGCACUCGUCUGUCAGAGCCCACGCCCAGAGAGGACGGCCCCCCGGAAUAUCAGGACGCUCUGUACUUCCCUGUGCUCAUAGUGCACCGCAACGAAGGCUGCCUCAACCACGACCACCACGCCCUGCACCGGAACGGCUCCUGUGUGGAGACCUCCCUAUGACACGUGCACCAGAGAAGGGACAGAGACAAGAAAGACUUCAGGGAGAAAUGAGCUGUACCUCAAAUUUACACUUUGGGAUUAAUGGUAUAAUAAACAACUGAUCAUGUUGAGCCUCAUGUGAGAUCCAGACAUUUUAAGAAUAAAAUCUGGAUUUCUUGGAUAAUUUGAAUAAUGAAGAUAAAAUACUAACUGCUUAUUUCAGCCAAACUACACAAAGAGCUCUUCUUUCCUUUAUAGAAGCAAAUUAAAGUCUUGCAUUCAGACUUGUGCUUUGUAAAUGUUGCUAAAUGAGUGAGGCUGAGGUAGUUUCCUCAGAGGGGAAGACACUUUGAUCAAAAUAAACAUGUGAUAUAGCAGCUUGGUUGCGAUGACAUUAUACUUCCCGGCUUUCUAAAAAUAGAGGCAGAGGUUAUGAAUAAUUGAGCGCAGGGGGCUAAAGGACACGCAAACUUCCAACUGAUUCUGCAAUCCUGCAAACUGUGUAUUUAAAACAGCUAAGACAUUUUUAUUUCAUAUUUGCAUUUUAGUUUUUUUUAGUUUUUUAUAAUCAGGCUACCUCUUUAUUUAAGUGCCUUCUCUGGACCAAGACUAUAGCAAGCAUUUAAUCCAAGCAUUUUGCCAGUUCAUCAAAUCACUAAACUGCAGCUGGGACACACAAUGCAAAGGGACAUGUCGCGUUUUUCACUGGACAAAUCCUCCAUUACGAGUGUUUAGGAUGUGGGCUGCUGCUGAUGCAUAUCAGGCUGAGCAGGCCAUCAAACACGCCUAAAAUAGGAGGAGGCCUGGAUUCACUACUGAUACUGUCACAGCGACCAAUAUGACAGGAUUACUUUAAAUACACUGCGGCUGAAUGCAUGCAGUCUCUCAGAUGUAGUGACUAGGGCUGCACAAUGGAAGAAAAAAGUGAGAAUUAUUCAAUAUAUUCAAUUUUGGAACAUUACUUUUGUAUGUGACAUGUACAUAUUUAUAUACCAUGCCACAUUAGGUUAGGCUAUGUGCCAUUUGUAGUUAAAAAUGCAUUGGAAUAACGCGUUAAAUAUAAAUGUAUACGAUUUUGAUAAUUACUGAGUUUGAAAAAGUUACUACACUGACAAAUCCACAAAUUGAUUUCCAGUGACCUGAAGAUAGUUUUUUGUCAGUACAUGGACAGGACGUGUAUGGAAGAUAAUUUGUCCGAUUAGAUUUUGAAUUUUAAAUCCCGUUGAAUUUCUCACUUUUGAACUUACUUAAAGGUUGUAUGGAGGAUUUUUUAUUUUUUUUUGUUUCAAGUUGUCAAUGAUAGCAUUAUAGAGGUGCAGUAGCCUUGUAAUUAUGAUGACCAAAAAAAAGAGAAUAAAAAUUCAUCAACUCUGGACGUGGUGGGGCUAAACAUUUGCCAAUAGAUAACGACACUGCCUCGUUAUCUGUUAGCUGACAGGCUGUCAAUCAAUCUCCCUACGUUUCUAGCGUAACUGACUUGCCUGCGCGCCGCCGGUACGUGGUUUACGUACACCUGUCACGCAGUCCACAGACGCAAGACGCACAGACGCUGUUUACUCCACCAACGCAACAGUUCUUAGCGGCUUUUUUUGACCUAUAUCUUCCUCGCAGUUAGCACAAAGUUUGUUGCAAUGGCAGACAAGAAUCCAGGAGCAGUUAGCCGCAAAAGAAAGUCCGUUUUUGAGGUCGCUGAAAGAAGAAGACAAGGGAAAAAGCAGCGAAGCCAAACUAAGGUGAUUCUUGAAGAUUCAUUCCAGCGAUGGCGCGACUGAAGCAGACGAAGGGUCUAAAGACUGAUGCACUGGUCGCCAAAUUACUCCUGGACAGGUCACUUCUGCUUAUUAUGAAAACGUACUUUAUUUCCAAGAGCUAGUCAAACGUUUUUCAGGACACGAAAGCGAUAUCCUAUGUCUGAAAACGUAAUUUUCAAGGCAAAGAAAGAGUCCGCUUGCUGCUGCGUGUUGUAGCUAGUUCAUUCGCACUGAAUCUCCGCGCAACCUUCUCUGCACCCCUUUCCUGCUCCUGUCCCCGCUGCCCGUUCCGCUCUUCCCCCUGCUCCUCACUUCUCCGGGCACGGAAUCUCCGCGCACCGCUCCCCUCUCCUCUCUCCCUGCUCCGCUCUUCUCCCUGCUCCUCACUUCUCGUCCGCGAACAAAAUGUCCACACACCCGCUCCCCCCGCUCCUCACUUCUCCGCCUUGCCUAACCAACACUGUAGUUAGUUGUUUACAAGUCAUGUGCAGCGCACCGGCUGUAAACAAACCUGUUUCUGGCGUAAAGAGGAGGCGGGAGGAGGCGUUUCUACGUAGGGAGCUGUAGGGGAGGGGGGGUGGUUUCACACAUGCGCAACAUUUGAAAAAGGACAAAC